UGAACGAAGUCAGUCGAGUGAAGGAGGCUUUGGAGAAAGAGCUUCGGAGUUUGGCUGUGCAGACAGCGGAAGAUGCCAGGCAUUUUAUGCAGCAACUGUCCCAGGAGAAGACAGAGACCCUGGCCUCCCUGGAGGACACCAGGAACACCAAUGCAAACUUGCAGAAUGAGAUCGAUUUCCUGAAUUCCGUGAUCGUGGACCUCCAAAGAAAGAAUCAGGACCUCAAGAUGAAAGUGGAGAUGAUAUCCGAGGUGGCUCUCGACGGGAACGGGGACGACUCAACAAUUACGACGACAACUUCGGCCCGGCCACCCCAUUCUCUGCACUGUGCAGCAAUCACCAGCACUUGAAGGAUGACAUAACCAGCUA